AUGACAGAGACCACUGAGGAAUACAGACCAUUUGCAGCACUGCUGCCCAAUGUUUACCUCACCAUCCUGGCCCUCUUCUGCUUCAAACUAUUUGUCAGAAUUACCCUUAAUUUACUCACACAGUUCUACAUCAUCAAGGGCAACCGCAGGGAGGCUGCCCGAAUUUCAGCUGACUUCUAUGGUAACGGUCAAGGUUAUGGAUCAAGGGCUGAUCUCUCCCCUCUUCACGAUGCUGCCAGCCAAGGACGACUGCUGGCCCUCAAGACCCUGAUUGCUCAGGGUCACAGUGUGAAUGUGCUGACAAUAGACCACAUUAGCCCUCUUCAUGAGGCGUGCAUAGGGAGCCACGUUGCCUGUGCCAGAGCCCUGAUAGAUGCCGGAGCCAACGUUAAUGUGACAACGAUUGAUGGUGUGACUCCAUUGUUUAAUGCCUGUUCAGCUGGCAGUCUGCCAUGUCUAGAGCUUCUCUUGCAGAGCGAUGCUAGACCACAGGCCCUGGCUAUAUGCCAGCCUUCACCCAUCCAUGAGACAGUCAGCAGAGGCCACUUCAAGUGUUUGGAGGCGCUGGUCGCGUGGGGUGUGGAUGCAGAUUAUGAAAUUCCUCACAUGGGCACCCCCCUCUACAGCGCUUGUCGAUGUAGGGAGUUCUUAUGUGCCCGCAAGUUGCUUGAUGGAGGUGCAAACGUGCAUAGAGGCACAAAUAUGGAGACUCCUCUUCAUGCAGCUGCCCAGAAAGACUGUGUAAGCAUAGUGAAGCUCCUGCUGGAAUACGGGGCAGAUAUAAAUGCACGUAACAUGGAGUAUAAACGGCCCGCAGAGGUUGCACCUCCAGGGAGUUUAACCGAGGGCUUCCUGUUGAUUUAUGAAGCUAUGCCACGUUCUUUGCAUCAGCUGUCACGUCAGCAAAUCAGGGAGAGUUUGGGGCGUUCCCGCCUUCAUCUUAUACCACAUUUGCCCCUCCCUAAACCAAUGAAGGACUUUCUACAAUAUAAAUAAUGCCAUUGUCCCCACUGGCUGUCUAUAUUUUGAUGUCUGGAUUGACUUAAAUAUAAUAUAUAUAACCAA